AUGUUUGAAAAAUCUCCACGUUCAUCAUCAUCAUCAACUGCAGGUAUUUCGUCAAGAAUAAUAGGUCAAGAAGAUGAAUCUCUUGAAUUAAAUCCAUCCAAUGCUGUAAAUAAUACCAGCAGCAUUGACAUAACCAGUAGUGAGCACAUACAAAAUCAUUUACAUCAUCAAUCAAAUGGUGAUUUAAAAAAUUCUAGAAUAAAAGGCAGAGGUAGAACGAUUAAAAUGAUAUUGUUGACUCAAAAUAUUGCUGCCGUGCAAUUUACUUGGUCGGUAGAGUUGGCUUAUGGAACUCCAUAUUUGCUUGGUCUGGGCCUUUCAAAAUCUCUCAUGUCUCUUGUAUGGCUUGCUGGUCCGUUGGCAGGCCUUCUUGUACAACCUCUAGUUGGCGCUCUUUCAGAUAAUUCAACUUCAAGGUUUGGUCGUCGGAGGCCUUACGUUGUUGUAGGUAGUCUUGCUGUUGUUGCCUCUUUCAUAUCUAUUGGUUGGACAAAAGAAAUUGUAAAUUGUUUUUUCAAUAAAGAAACGGCUGAUAUUGUAGCUAUGUGGUUAGCUGUUUUUUCUCUUUAUGUUCUUGAUUUUGCCGUUAAUGCUGUAAUGGCGGGUUGUCGUGCUUUAAUUGUUGAUUCUUUACCACCUUCACAACAAGAGGAAGGUACUGCAUGGGCUGGCAAAAUGGUGGGCAUAGGAAGUGUUAUAGGCUAUUUUAUGGGAUAUAUUAAUUUGGUGCACUUUUUUCCAUUCUUGGGCAAUACUCAAUUGCAAGUACUAUGUGUUCUUGCAAGUAUAAUAUUAAUUCUUUCUGACAUAUUUACUUGUUGGGCUAUUUCUGAAAAAGUUUAUAAAGACGGUUCAAGCACUUCGACGUCAAUAUGGAAUUCUAUUAUUGAAGUAUCUUAUUCGAUUGCAAAAUCUUUUCAUUCUCUUCCAAAACAAAUUCAGCUACUUUGCAAUGUCCAACUAUUCGCUUGGAUGGGUUGGUUCCCUUUCUUAUUUUAUUCGACUACCUGGGUAGCUGAACUUUAUAUUCAUUCUCAAAAUUCGAACCUACCUCCAUCUGUUAUAAAAGAUGAUGGUGAAAGAGCUGGUUCUUUUUCUUUAUUAUUGUUUUCUAUUGUAAGUAUGACUGCUUCCUUUAUCCUCCCUUUUCUUGUCUCUUCUUCUUCUAUAUCUAUUCCCUUAAAAUUUGCUUGGGAUCAAUUUUUGAGAUUACCUUUGGUUUUUUUAUCUUUACCAAAAUUAUGGACUUUAUCCCAUUUUAUUUUUGCUUUUGCUAUGUUAGCUACUUGGUAUGUUACUAUUCCCGUUCAAGCCAAUUUUAUAAUUGCUUUAUGUGGUAUUUCUUGGGCUGUUGCUAUGUGGGCUCCUUUUUCCAUUAUUGGCGAAUUUGCUUCAAAACGUUCUAAAAUUUCUGAUCAUUGUUUAGAUGAUUCUUCUUCUCCUAUUAGAAGAUCUAGAUCAUCUAUACAUAGUAAUAAUAAUGAUAAUGGUUCUGAUACUGGAACAUUAUUGGGAAUUCAUAAUAUUUAUAUUGUUAUACCUCAAUUUAUCGCUACUUUUUUUAGUAGUGUAGCUUUUGCAUUAUUAGAAAAUCCUACUUCUAGUACUAUAAAUGAUUCUUCUCAUUCUCAUAGUGAUUUAAAUGCUGGUGCUGAUUCUAUCGGGUUCGUUUUAAGAUGUGGCGGUUGUAUGGCUAUUGUUGCCGGUUUUUUGAGCAUGAAGUUGUGGAAAUAA